AUGGCGGAGAAGGAACGUGGGGAGCAAAGCCCUAGCCUGACACAAAGGCAGUACCACGUUCUGUUAAAGUUCUGCAUAGAGACUUAUGAAUGCACGGCUGACAUCAGUAAGGCAUUCCUUAGGGUAGGUCUCCAGGAAGAAGAUCAUAACUACACAAAGUUACUAUGGAUCAAGGAUCCUAGUGAUCCAAACAGUGAAUUAAUCACAUACAGGUUUUCUUCGGUUUUCUUUGGAGCUACUUCGUCACCGUUUCUGCUUCAAGCAAGCUUAGAUAUGCACUUGAAGACAUUUAAUAGCCCAAAUAAAAUUGAAAUUAGCAAUAACCUGUAUGUGGGUAAUUUUCAAGGAUCAACUAGCAGUGAAGAAAAACUGCUGAACAUAUACAAUAAGGCCAAUUGA